AUGUCUGGUCUCGCGCCCUCGACGCAGACGCCUGCACCGGACGGUGCUGGUGCAGCUCCGGCUGUGUCCACUGCCGCGUCGGCUGCCGGCACUGCGGCCGCCUCGGGCCCUUCGGACCCCGUUUCGACUGACAACACUCCGGCCCCGUCUACCGGCGCCACGGCUAGUUCGGCUUCUAGCGCCGGCCAGGACGAUAACUUGGUCUGCCACUGGGGCACUUGCAAGGACCAUUUUGGUUCAGCUGAGGCACUCUACGAGCACAUAUGCGAGAAACAUGUCGGCCGUAAGAGCACCAACAAUCUGAACCUGACCUGCCAGUGGAACCAGUGCCGCACUACGACGGUCAAGCGCGACCACAUUACAUCGCAUAUCCGGGUCCAUGUGCCCCUCAAGCCUCACAAGUGCGAUUUCUGCGGCAAAUCGUUCAAGCGUCCUCAGGAUCUCAAGAAGCAUGUCAAGACCCAUGCCGAUGACUCGGUGCUCGUCGGUGGCCGUUCCCAGCAGGACCAGCGGGCAAACGUAAGUUCCAAAUCUCUCUCUCGUCUCGUAAAAUUUUUAGCUCCGGCUCCUUUCUACGACCAUAACGGACACAUGCGCGGCGGCAACUCGGGCGGCCACUUCGGCCACAACGGCCAGCCUGCCUACUACGGCCACCAGCAGCAGGGCCCUCCCCCCCAGGCGUACCAUGCCCCCAUGUACUACUCUCAGGCCAUGGGCGGCUCCCGUGCGGACUACAUUGGCCACCAGGCUGCCGGCUUCGGCGAUGCCUCGCGCAAGCGUGAGGCCGACACCUUGAACGACUUCUUUGGCAGCGUUAAGCGCGCCCAGAUUGACCCGCGUUCGUAUGCUCAGAUCGGCCGCUCGCUCAUGCCGAUCCACCAGUCGCUCCCCAUGCAUGCCGGCGGCGGUCUGGCUGCCGAGUACAUGCCGCAGGCCCCGCACACGCUGGGCGCCCCCGGCGGUGCUUCUUCCCAUGGCCCCGGCCCUCUGACACAGCACUACUACUUGCCGCCGAUGCCCAACGUGCGCACCAAGGAAGACUUGCAGCAGCUUGACCACAUGCUGGAGCAGAUGCAGGCCACCAUCUACGACAACUCGGGAUCCCCGCAGCACGCCCACUACUCACAGGUCGAUAUGCGCCACCACUCGCCCGGCUAUGUCACACGCCCGGCCGCUCCUGACCCGUAUGGUGUCUCCGCUGCCCAAGUCAUGUCGCCCAUCAGCGCGUCAUCCAACACGCCCGCGGUCACCCCGCCGUCUAGCAACCUGUCGUACACUUCGGGCCACUCGCCGACCGCCUCCUCCGCGGGUCUGUCUCCGUCUUCCCGCCACAGCUCCGCUUCGGUCUCGUACCCGAGCCUGCCAAGUCGCCCCAACCUGCCGUACCCGUCGGCCGCCGGCCUCGGCUCCACGUUCGCCCAUAACGAGCGCCGUCUGUCGGGCGGCAUGCUCCAGAGCGCGAGCGGCAGCGGCGGCAGCCACCUGCGUCGCGACGGUUCGCGCACUCCUACUCUCCGCUCGCCCACCAGCAGCGCUCAUCCCACCGCAACCGGCCCUAGUGCCGCUGCCGAGUCAGGCGGCGCCGUCAGCUCCCCCUCCGAAGAGUCCUCCGAGGCCGGAGAGUCGGAAAGCUACGACGACUGGGUCCAUAACAUGCGCACGGUCGAAUUCCUGCGCAACUACCUGCGCCACCGCCUCGACCACCGCGAGUACGAGGAGUCUAGUUCUGUGGCUGGCGGUUCUGGCGGUCGCACGCCGUCUGCGUCGUCGUCGUCGUCGGACGACGAGGGCCGCAUCGACCCGAUGCUGUCUAGCGCCGGGGCUGGGGCCACUAGCAGCAGCAACGGCAGCGGGAGCAACGGUAGCGGCUCUCGCGUCAGCUAUCCGUCGUUGCCGCUGCCUCCGACGCAGUAA